GCCUUCGUCCUCUCUCUCCUCCUCUCCUUUUCCGUCUUCUUCCUCUUCCCGAUCUGCCUCGUCCCUUGGUGCUGAGAGUUUCAGGGAGUAGGAUGAACCAUCGCCAACUGGAGCAUGAGCCCCUCGAGCAUUUCCAGACGCCGCUUGCAGAUCGCUUGUUGUGGCAUCAGUUCAAUGAGGAGAGGCAGUUGCGAUACGACAUUCAGCAGGUGAACGUGCCAGCGCCCGGGGUUGCUGAUCUGGCGACGUACUCAUUACUUUGUGAUCGGCUGACGUAUGCGGGGGUGUACGUGGACGUGACGCAGUUGCCGGGGCGGGAGAUGACUCGAGUGUUCAUCGAGUUCCGGGUGCUCCAGGUGGCACCUAACUUCGUGCAUAGCGUCGCCACCUUCAUCGGAGACUUGAUGAUCCUGCUGGCGCGGAGUUUUGUGCGCGAAUACGCGGUGCAGGCGGCCAGAUUAGUGGCCAGAGUGCAAGGACGGGGGGGACGCCGAUUCACAGCCCACGAACCGCAGCUGUGCAGGGCAGAGGACGAACCAAUCGCGUUGCUCCAGUCGAUCGAUCCGGGACUGUUGGAGCUCAUACAUCUUGAUCUCCUAUCCAUUGCGCAAGUGAUCGCGAGUGAGGAAGAGGAGAUCCAGCCACGAUUGCGGACGACGGCUGCCCCGCGGAGAACGUACAACGAGGUCGUCAUCCUGGAUUUCAUUGCGCAGCGCGAUGAGAGGUUGGAGGACUUCCCGGAGGAAAAGCCGUUGCGACCUCCCUCGUCGUAUCCCAGACCGCGGCCGCCAAAGGCCCCCAAGAAGACGCCGAAGAGGAAGAGACGCCACCCGUCGCCAGGAGCGCAAGGCAGCAAAAUCAGUGGCGGCGAGGAGGUGAUUCAGCCCUCGCGCACGCGGAAUCUUGAUCCAGUGCCUGGGAGUGCGGCGACGCUCGUUAAGGAGACUGUCGUGCCAUCGCCGCCCUUCCCGCGCGUGCCCGAUCUCAAUCUUGAUGGAGCCGGGCCAUCAGCCGCAGCUGCCACAGGAGGAAGUCGAAUGGGAUUACCAGAUCCCGUAUCCAGAUCCCCCGUCCUAGCGGGACCUUUCUGCCUCCGCCAGCCACCCCGGAAUACCCCGAUCAUUGACAUUAGUAGUUCCUCCGAGCCGGACAGUCCAUCCGACAGAGGUGGAUUUCAUGGUGGAGCCCACCACCAUCAGGCUCGAGGCCAUCGCGGGGGCGCCGCGCCCAAUGUGAUGUACCAUUUCCUUGUCUUCGCGGCGCAGAAGCGGGAGCGGCGGCCUUACACCGAGACUCAUGUGGUGAUGACGGGUCCAGGACCCCGAUCGAUGCGCAAGUGGGUGGUGCGAGCGGUGGCGGAUCUGGCGCCACGCGGGUGCAAGGUCUUCUCCAAGAUCGACCUCAGGUUUGGUUACCACCAGAUUGAAGUCGAUCCUGCGGAUCAGCACAAGACCGCGUUCAAAACGCGCGACGGGCUCUAUGAGUUUACCGUAAUGCCCUUCAGUCUUACGAACGCACCAGACACGUUCCAAAGUCUCAUGGACAAGGUCCUCCGCGAACAGAUUGGUCGGUUCGUGGUAGUGUACCUAGACGAUAUCUUGAUUUUCAGCAAGUCUAUGGAGGAACACCUCAAACAUCUUGAGGAGGUACUUGCUGUCCUCAAGAAAAUGCAACUCCAUCUCAACUUGGAUAAAUCUAAGUUUGGGAAGGAUAGCGUCAUCUACCUUGGGCACCGGUUGUCUGCUGCAGGCCUAGAGCCUGAGGCAGCCAAGAUUGAGGUCAUACGCGAUUGGCCUCAGCCUGUGAACAUUCGAGAAUUGCGUUCUUUUCUUGGACUCGCGUCGUACUAUCGAAAGUUUGUACCCCGUUUCUUCAUUAUUGCUCGUCCAUUGUCGCGACUAACAAGCAAGAAUGUGUCUUAUGCCUGGGAUGCCGGUGUACGGAAGCUUUUCGGACUCUCAAGGAAGCCUUGGUAAGUUAUCCGGUACUCCGCAUUGCAGAUCCCAAGCUGACCUUUGUAGUCACUUCGAAUGCAAGUCAGUAUGGGAUUGGUGCGGUGCUGCAACAAGAUGACGGCGAUGGCCUGCGGCCACUCGAGUAUUACAACAAACGCAUGCCCAGCGU